UUCUCAUAAUGAGUCAGUGCCUGUUCAGCAUUACCGAAACCAGAAACCGGUGCUACCGGUCAGCGUUCUCCGGUUCGGGCCUCCGGUCCACGGUUACCGACUUGAAAGACGGAACCGUAAUGCAUUGCUGGGUGCCGAAGGCGCGAAGAGAGGCCAAGCCGAACCUGGUUCUGAUCCACGGCUUCGGAGCCAACGCGCUGUGGCAAUGGGGGCACCUAAUCCGCCACGUGACGCCGCAUUUCAACGUGUACGUGCCGGACCUCGUUUUCUUCGGCGGCUCCUACUCGUCGCGGCCCGAGCGGAGCGAGCGCUUCCAGGCGGAGUGCGUGGUGCGGGUGAUGGAGGCGCAGGGGGUGCGGCGGGUGAGUUUAGUGGGGUUUAGUUACGGCGGCUUUGUCGGGUACUGUAUGGCGGCGAUGUGCGGAGAGGUGGUGGAGAGGGUGGUGGUGUGUGGCUCCGGGGUGUGUAUGGAGGAGAGGGAUCUUAAGGAAGGGCUUUUCCCUGUGACGGAUUUGGAUGAGGCUGCUAAUAUUUUGGUGCCACGAACGCCCAAUAAGCUCGUGCAGCUUGUCCGCUAUACCUUUUUCAAGCCACCUCCCUUGACCUGGUUGCCCUCAUGCUUCCUCCUUGAUUUCAUUGAGACAAUGUGCAGGGACUAUGAACAAGAAAAGAGAGAAUUGAUCAAAGCCAUUGCAAAGGACCGAAAACUUUCUGACCUCCCCAAGAUAUCUCAGCCUACAUUGAUUAUCUGGGGAGAACAUGAUCGAGUAUUUCCUUUAGAACUGGGCCACAGAUUGAAAAGGCAUUUAGGGGACAAUGCUCAACUAGUGGUCAUUAAGAAUGCAGGGCAUGCUUUCAACGUGGAGAAGGUCAAGGAGUUCUGCAGCAUCUUGAAGUCCUAUCUCGUGGAUUUGCAGCUACCUCAGGAGAACUCACCAUCAAAUCGGCAAAACAACAGUAAUCCAGUGUGGGGGGAAGUCGCCGAAGAAGCAUGCCUGCUGAGCCGCCUGGGCAAACCCAACCUGAUGCUGAGAGAGGACCUUGUUGCGUACCUUUUCCCUAUAGGCCCCGAAGGCAAUCUUCUCAGCAUCCAACCCCUUGCCCAGUAUAGCAACCUUCUUCGCCUCGGUCUUCAAGGCCAACUCAAGACGUUGGACCUUCAGAGCCAGGUCGUCAGCAACUCGCCCCCGGCGAUCCAACUCGGCCUGAAACUUGCCAUUGGCUGUUUGGGCAUCAGUGAGCGCCGUCAACGUCUCUUGGAGAGACUUCUCCUGCUCAGCCAGUUGCCGACGAAGCCCAUCGGCCUCGCCGUUCGGCUCCAUCACAAUGCUUUGCGCCAAGGCCACAACACGCACUUGGAACUCACAGAAGAAGCUCCAUUUAUGAGCCGAGGUCAUGCGACUCAAAACUCCUUGACCCGAUUCGGAGGUCAAGUCUUGGCUCAGAAAAUCCAGAGCGUUAACAUUGUUAGCCAGGAAGCUUGGUCCAACCAAGCCUUGUGGAACAGUCGGAUUGGCCAAGCAUUGUUGCUUGGCCCGACGGCUCUCUUCCUCGGCCCUCGAGUCCUCGGGCCGUCUUUUUUCGCUUUGGGGCCGGGUGGCACCCUUGCCUCCCUUCCUUGGUUUGGCUGUUGGUCCCGCCCCACCACCUUGGGGAGCCGAUUGAUUCCCAGAGACGUGCACGCUGGCCGGGGGAUUGGGAAUGAAAGGUCUUCAAAAGAGGGCUUUCACACUCUACUUGCCAAACUACAACUACAAUCUUCAACAAUAACAUCACGGCCAACCGCUUUUGAUGUUACAGCACCCAAAGGUAUUCAGAAAAAUUCAACGUUCAAUGUGAGGGUUACGAGUCUUGAGAGUACUGUGAAGGCUGAAGCACAUAAAAGGGAAGAUGAGGAUGGAGAUUCACCAUUGAUCAAGAGGGAACUCUCUGAUUUUGAUCUCCAAAAUCAAGAAGCUGUUGCAAGCAAAGAAGGAUAUGAUGCAACGGAUAAAGAGAAAGAGUAUCCCAAUUUAUAUGAAAACCAAGUCAACAAUGAAUUGGAAGACAAAGACGAUAGAUACAGUCAAAAGAGUGUUGAUACAACCAAAAGUGGGCAUAUCAGUGAUCCUGGUUUUGGCAAAGCUGAUGUCAUGGCUUCUCCAAAGUUCAAGAGAUACUUCUCUAACCUUGAAAAAUUUGAUGGGUAUGGGCAGAUAACUGCUCCUCGCUUGACUUCGAUGUCAAAGUUUUCUAAGGAUUUUCAAGAAUUAUCAGCAAAGGUUAAUCUUGAAAGCCCCAGGUCUGUGAUGAGUCACAACAGUGCUGAUAGGGUGAUGUUGAAAAGGCAUUCUUCGAGUCAGGUAAUCGCUUCUGGAAGUAAAAAAAUGUGGUGGAAGAUGAUCCUGUGGAGCCACAGGAACAUACGUAGAACUAGCAAUUCAACACUAGUUCCUGCUAGUGCUGCUUUAAAUAGUGGCUACUCUUCAGACACCCUUGAACCAAAACAAGACAAGGCAUUGAGGACUGUGGAAUCUUCUCAAUCAAUUACUAUGGAAUCCUUUAACAAAAGCAGCAUUGGCAAAAAUAUUGAUAACCAAAGGGGAAGCAGGUUUCAUCAAAGUGACCAAUGCAUUGCUUUCUCAACAGAAUCAUCCUCUUUUGCCAGAGUGGAUGCAUGGGUGAAAGGUCUUGAAACUCAGCAACCAUUUCUUGAGGAUGAUUUUGAUGAUGAAAACACCAGAAGCAUUGUCUUCCCACCUUCUCCUGACGCUGGUGGAUCAAUGAUGAGAACCUCAUCUCAGUUGUCUUAUCCAGAUGCCAAUCUUUCGAAAGAGGCUUCAAAUGCCAUCAGUGUAGUCCAGUCUCUAAAUCCAGCUUCAACUAUUGCUCACAUAUCUGGUAUUGGUAUCAAAGCUAUCCCUGCUAUUUCACACUUAUCCAAUCUCCGCGCUGUCAACUUGUCAAACAAUUUCAUAGUUCACAUCUCGCCAGGAUUUCUACCAAAGGGUAUUCAAACACUUAACUUGUCAAGAAACAAGAUCAGCACCCUGGAGGGCCUAAGGGAAUUGACCAAGUUGCGGGUACUUGACCUAAGUUACAACCGCAUCUCAAGAAUUGGACAAGCGUUAUCAAGUUGUACACUUAUCAAAGAGCUAUAUCUUGUGGGGAACAAGAUAAGUGAUGUUGAGGGGCUACCAAGGCUAUUGAAGCUAACAGUUCUAGACAUGAGCUUCAACAAGAUCACAACAACAAAAGCAUUAGGCCAGCUAGUGGCUAACUACAACUCACUUCAGGCCCUUAAUCUAUUAGGAAACCCGAUCCAAAGCAACAUCAGUGAUGAUCAGCUGAACAAAGCAGUCUGUGGUCUUCUUCCAAAGCUGGUGUACCUGAACAAGCAACCCCUCAAGGCUCAUAGGACACGCGAAAUAUUCAGUGAUAGUCUUGCCAGAGCUGCCCUAGGGAACAGCACGCGGAGCUUCAAUAGAAGAUCACCAAGAAGAGUUGGCCAUGGAGGAUCAAGUCAAUUCAGAGGACUUAGAAGAAAUGUUUCCCAGAUAAGCAGGAACCGGACAAGGAGGUGAAAUAAAAGUACCUCUUAAAGGAACGACUCGAUGGAAGACUUCUCAUUUGGUUCUUCACAAUUGCAUUGUUCCUUAUUUAUACCAGAGGAAACUGUUUGCUAGGUGUUGCUGUCUCUUGAUUUGUUUGUUAAAUUUAUAAAACCAUCCAUAUACUUUCAUUUAAUAGCUUAAACUUUUAGAAUAAUUGGUUCGUGAUAUACUGAUACAUUAUCAAAGUCCUCAUAACCAUGUAGUCGCUUCAAUGCCAAAAGGCUCUAGCAUGAGGCUGUGUUAGAAUUGGAAGUCAUUAUUUGCUUUCAUCCUACAGGUUGAACUGUUGGAAUGUUUGAUUCGUGACACUGAAUGAUGAAGUAAUGGGAUAUAGAACUUGAUAUGAUCA